AUGCAGCACCUCAACUGGGGUGUUCUGGGGGCAGCCAGCUUUGAGUAUGCCGGCCUGGUUCCACGGCCAGCCGUGCCCGGCAGAGCUGCCGAAGGCGCCACCUGUUACGGAUUAAAUCUCAUGUGCCAAGUCCCGGAGCACGAGGCCGUGCAAGCUAUGUUCUGCCGCAACAUGUGUCGCUGCCUGUUUCCCCGGGGCGGGGGAAAACCGUCCCUUGUCCCGUUCUCCCAGCGAAUCGCGCCGGCAGAUCGCCCUGCUCGCCAGCCCCUAGCGCAGACGGCGGAGAGCUGGGAUGGAGCGCGCCUUGGCCCGCCGGCCUUGGCCGCAGCUCCUCGGGAGACCCGGGGCGCCCACGCGAGACUCUCCCCACCUGGUGAGUGGUUGGCCAUCCUUGCCCGAAAGGAUGUGCAAAACGAAGACUACAGCCCUUCGAGGUUGGGCUCCGUCCUCCUGGCCAUGCCGAUGACAGACGCCGGGGACCUUCUCCUGCAGGCGGCCACCUCGCCUGUAUUAAAUGAGGUGAAACAGCCUCAGGCAAGGCCGGGCAUAGAGGAGGUGACUGGCAAAUGUUUGUUGAAACAGUUUGGUAGGGUCAGUCCUUUGCCGCCUCGUCACGUGUCUCACUCUUCUCGUUUAUUCUCCCACACAGCGCUCCAGGCAGCCCCUCCCCACGGGGCUCUCCUUGCACCAGCCAAGCUUCUCGAAAGGCCUGUCUACACUCGCUGUCUUCCUUCCUCACCUCCAAUUUUCUCUUCAACCCACUGCUUCCUGACUUGUUCUGCUCCGUCGAACGGCUCUCACCCAGGUCGGCCCUGUCCCUGGCACGCGGGCCGCAACCUGGUUGGGUCGGCCGGAGAACCAGACAGAAGAGGCAGGAGAAGCCCCCGGAGGAGCGCCACCCUGCACCCAGCCUUCCUCCCCGAUGCUCGCCUGGCGUCUCGCGCCCAGCGCUGUGCCUCUCCGCUCUUUCCUGGCUCCGGUCGAAGCCGCCAUCUGGAAUUCUCCACGGAAGAGACCUCGACGCGCGACCCGGCACCCUCCGGCUUUCAAAUCGGCAGACUAGGACGGAAGUGCCCUUGUGAGCUGGGGGGCCCUUCAAAGGGCCGAGGAAAAAACGCGGGCCGAGGGACCAGCCUCUCAAACGGGCUUCGAGCUCCAAUGACCUUCGCUCACCCCCUUGAAAUGUCUGGAAAACAGAAUGGGCAGAUUUUCUGUCUUCAAAGUUUCCGGCUAAGUCUCUUCAAGUUCUUUAUUGUUUGGGACUGAGACACUCAGCAAUGGUAAUGGGUAGUUGCUUUUGUAUCGGCCUUGAAAGGCCCAAAUAUUUUCAUAUUGCUACAGACAAAGCCGUCUAUUUAGAAAUGAAUGCCAUGUCUGUCGUUUCCCACUGGGGAGACUGUGUACAA